UGACUAUUUCCGUUGUCUAAGCACAGAAAUAUGCAAUAGAGCGCAUGUUUAAUGUGCAACACUCAUUUUUGGACUAAUGGUGUCCUCUUGUGGUGUGCUGCCAAACAGAAUGCAACAAUAGUAAGAAAAAACAUGUGUGUGUACGGCAAAAUAUGAUUUCUCCUAUGAAACAUGUGCUUGUUUUGUCAAUAUUGCAGGGUUUUGGGCACUGAAUCUGGUUAAACAUGUAUAAAUGAGUUGAUUUUGUCUCUGCUUGGCUGAAAUACAUUCAUAGAUAUGAAUUGUUUUCAUACUAUAUUGCUUGAGGUUCUCCCUAAACAGAGAGAUGGUCCAUAUUCAUUGUUUCAGCUGAACACAACUGAAAAAAGUCUGUGCAUUACUAGGAGACAGCAUAUAGCUUCUCUGAUGCUUUUUUGAGUAAUAGAGACAAAGCUGUUACAUUUAGCAGAACGUAGGUUAUAUUAGGUUCUUCUGGUUAAAACAAACUUGUUCUUCACUUAGUGGUACUUGAAGUGUUAUUCAGAAAUUUUCCUCAAGUAAGACAGCAACACUUUGCUCUAGUAUAGCUCAUGUAAACAUUAAAAAUACACUGUGAUAAAACUACCAGACAGUUUACUUUUCUCUCAAAGUCACUUGAUUAAUUGUAACUGAAAAGUUUUGAAUAGUUUCUACCCACUCCUUAUGCUAUGGUCCCUACACACGCACGUUUGCAUUCCCAACACAAGGGGCACUGUCGGGAAACGCCCUCACUAGAACAACGGAACCAUUGCUAACUUUCACCCAAAGAUUUCUCCGGACGUGUUUCUUGUACGGACCCGGCUUCUGCUUUGUUUACUUUUUAUUUUACAGCCUCAAAUCUACCAACAAAUCGCUUAUUAGUAACAUUUUCAAACACCCAGCUCUCGUCUAUCGCUCUCGUUUUUUGUUUCCAUCUAUAACCGCCUCUUUUAAUGCCAACAUAUAUGUAUUUAUUUUACCUUUUUGAACGUACAGGCGCUUAGGGAGGUGUAGCCAUGUCCGCUGAGCGACAGAUGUUCCCGUCGCUGUUCUCUCCGCCGCCUUUCGCUGCAGUCGGAGCGGUAGAGAGUGCCGUGGAGCCUGUGGUCAUUCCCCAGUCAGAGGUGGAAACAUUCAGGAUGUUCCUGAACGAGCGGCUGACGGCAGCAGUGGAGGAUAUUCUGAGCGUGUUCGGGAAGACAGUGGCUCGGUACCAGGAACAGAUAAACUGCCAGCAGCGGGAGCUGGACAGCCUGAGGUCCGGGGAGCGCGAGUGGAGCCGGGCAACAGAGCCUCUGCAGGACUCAUCCUGGAUGAAGAAAUGUCCUGAACAUCAGAGCCUUGAUGCCCCACUGUUUCAUACCGACAAUCUUAUUGAGAAAGUCGUCGACACUUCAGCUGCUCUGAUUAAGUCAGAAGGUGUGGAUGAGGACUGUGGAGAGUCGACAACAUGCCAUGACUCUAGUUUAACACACCAGCUGGAUCCAGAAGCAGGGAGUGAUGACCGAGUUAUCUGUGAGGACUCUGACACAGAGAACAGCGAGGACGGCUGGAGAGACGAUGCCACAUUGUGGAAGUCAGAGGAAAUGGCAGAAAACAAAGAUCAGAGUUCAAGUUCAGAACCUCAGGCCUCCACUGAUCCGCCACAGUUUGGCUGCCAGAUUUGUGGCAUCACCUUCCAGAAGAUGGGCUACCUGAUCACCCACGCUGCAGUGCAUCAGGAAAACUGUGGAGUUUGUGGGAAACAGAUGGAACAAAUGGAAAGCAUCAAGCUUCACCUGAAAGCUCACAGAGAAACGUCAUUCCGCUGCAGCGUCUGUGGGCAGAGCUUCACGCUGCGGGGGAACCUCCGCAUCCACAUGAAGAUCCACUCGGGCGAACGGCCACACAGCUGCAGCAUCUGCGGCAAGAACUUUGGCCGGCGGGCGUCGCUGGUGCGCCACGUGCGCAGCCACAUGGGCGAGAAGCCGUUCGCCUGCAUGUACUGCGGCCACAGCUUCACGGAGAAGGGCAACCUGACGGUCCACCUGCGGACACACACAGGAGAGAGGCCGUACCGGUGCUCCAUGUGCGCCCGCAGCUUCAGUCAGUUGUCCAGCUUCUAUAAACACCCGUGUCAGAAGAAAGGCCUGAUCUGUUCUGCCAUUACUGCCACCUGACAGCUGGGACACGUGAGCAGCUGCAGAAGGGCUUCCCCUGUGAAACAGAGCAAAGUAAUGGACACUUUUAUCAAAGUAACAUUUCAUCAGGGUUUAUUGAUGACUAGAAACUUUUUUUAUUCUCUCUGUUUCAAAUAUUUCAGUCAUUUUAUUUUAAUUUUAGGAUUUUUUGUCUUCAAACCAUAGGGUUAAUAUGCACAAAUAUUUAAUAAUUAGCUUUUUGAACACCUGUGGAAGCAGUAACUGAGCCCUGCUCUUUGUAAUUACAGAUAAUUUUUUUUUGGUUUAUUAGAUUUACAAGGAAAAGCAAUUUUGAAAAACUGUUAAUUAAAAAUCAAAAAUAUUGAAGAAAAAAAACUUCAGUCACUAUUCUCUAGCUUUAUCCUAAGCAAUAAAACAAUAAACUUUUUGAAAAAUUGUUAGAAAGGUGGACAUAAUAGAAUUAAAUGUCACAUUAAAACAUCCUGCAAAAUUCUACUGAAAAAAAACAAAUCUAUUCACAGUAAAUGAUUACAAUAGGUGCAUGCAGCUGCACACCCUUAGAUUAAUACUUUGUACAUUUUUGUUUAAUUCCAGCAUUUAGUUUUCUUUGGUAUUAGUCAUAACUUCAUGCCCAUCUCUUGGCUCAUUAAUGUUGUAUUUGGAAAGACUUUCUGCCAAAAUUGUCUAACUCUAUCAGAUUGAGAGGACUUCUCUGUCCAUGUCCCUCUUCAGAUGUUCCCAAAAUUGAUGGCACAUAGUGGCGGUUUCUGAUAUAGGGAACAUGGGCAACCGCCUAGGGCGGCAUCUUGUGGGGGCGGCAUGAGACUCCCCCACAUCCCCAUCCCCAGUCUUCCAAUUGUUAGCAGUUUUCUGCAUCUUUGUUUUAUUGUUAUUUUGGAUUUUGUUCCCACUAACAUUUAUUCUUGUAAAAUGUUUGGAUCUGAUUCUUAAACAGUUGUUUAAACACUCAAAAUAGUGGAGUAUCUACAGUGAUGUGAAAGGCUUUUAAGAAACCAUCAUACAAAUUUAACCUUUUUUUUACUACUCUACCUCAGUUUUUACUUAAUUUUGGAGGAUGUGUUGUGUAAAAGAUAUGCUUCAUAAAAAAUAUGGGACCAUUUAAAAUGAAAGGUUUAUGGUAAAUUGGAUCAACUGUCGAUUUUAGCUGCAGGUUUUCUAAUUGGUUCCAUCUUUACACGCCACUUGCUAGAAAUAUUACACAGCUCUGUCAUUGGAAAUAUUUUGUUGGAAGACAUUUGCAGUUCUCUUUGCUAAAGUUGUGUCUUUAAGAUGAUGAGUUUACUUAUUUUUAUACUGAUUCUAAUUUCUUAUACUCUAGGCUAAAGUUAACACAAUUUGUCUGGAUAAAAGUUGAGACUUUUGUUGUGUGGAAGAUUAUAAUAAAUACAUGUUUGUAGGAAGAAAACCAAAGUUUCAUUAAAUAAACUAAGACUUGUCAUAA